GCUCGAUUAGCCAUCCUGACGACUGCCCUCUUGUCAAAGAGAAGCAGCGAAAACAGUCGGGACUCAAGUUUUUUCAAUUCAUUCUACAUAUUUAUAAUCGGCGAUGGCUGUAGUUUAAGAAGUUUUUAUGUUCUUUUUGACGGAUGGCUCCCAGAGCGAAAAGCGACCGGCGUGCAUGUUUUUACUUUUGAAGUUAGUUGUAUCAUCAAAGGCGGCUAGGCAGGAAAGCUACCCCCAGGCACCUGCGCUAUGGUCGCGAUGAUAGAAUCACAAUGCGAGUACUUCAUGUAUUUCCCCGCCGUCCCGAUCUCGGACCUAUCCGACGCGGCCAAAUUCAGGAGCGUCCCCCAGCGGAGGCACCUCUAUCUCGGCGAGACGGUGCAGUUCCUUCUGGUGCUGCGGUUCAGGGAUGGAGGAGCGACAUCCACCAAGGCUGGCUGGAGAGAACUGGUGCGGUCUCUCUCGGCGGUGGCCAGUGUGUCACUUGGCGAGCCGCAGCAACCUAGACCCGAAUCAAGUCAGUUUCAGCAAGACUUUCAGAGUAGUUGCAGCGAGGAUGGGGGAGAUGAAGAGUGCGAGAUGGAAGAGGCGACCCCGUGUCGGGUGGAAGAGAGGACCAAAGUUUUUAGACACUGCAAGCCUCUUCUCAAUCACAACGUCGGACGGCAGAACCGGACAGAAGAGUUUCAGUCACCCCUCGAGGCACCGGUGGUGGUGAACGAUGAGGUGGUGUUCCCGCUGACGGUGUCCCUUGACAAGCUGCCGGUCAAUACAUUCAAAGCCAAGAUCGUGGUGACGGUGUGGAAGGAGGAGCAGGAGAAGGUGGAGGUCAGGGAGCAUGGGUACCUGAGGGUUCUGCAGCUCAUGAGCCCCCUGCAGAUCUUCGGACAGGACCUCGGCUCCUUCAAGGCCCAGGUCAGCACCACACUGUGCGUUCUUCCUCCGCCCGCAGUCCAAUGCCAGCAGAUGACUGUGUCGGGUAAACACCUGACAGUGCUCAAAGUGCUGAACAGCAGCUCCCUGGAGGAUCUGUGCAUUCGGGACAUGAAGAUCCUCCCCAACUACAACUCGUCCUACCUGCCCAUGAUGCCGGACGGCUCGGUCCUGGUCAUGGACAACGUCUGCCACCGCUCGGCCGAGGUCACCACGGCCUCCUUCAGACGGGUGGCCAGCGAGUCUUCGCGCCUACCCAGCAUGCUCUCUGCCUUGGAGGAGCAGAACUUCCUGUUCCAGUUGCAACUGCGAGAUCGGCCUGAAGAAGACUCGGAUGAGGGUCUGGAGCUGCCACUCAUCGCUGUGGUUCAGUGGUCCGUGUCCAGGCUGCCCUUCCUCAGAUACAUCAGCACCCACUACACCCUGCCCAGCGUGCGCCUGAACCGCCCCCAGCUGGUGAUGACCGCUUCCUGUCUCGGCGGCGUGCGACCCCGGGAGUGCUUCCAGGUCAAGUACACGCUGCUGAACAACCUCAGGGACUUCCUGUCCGUCCGUCUGGUGUGGACGCCGCCUGGCAGCGGCGGGGCUGGCUGUGCGGGGGACGUCCCGGGUGGGCUGGGGGCGGUGGUCUGCCGGACCCCCCACACCGACCUCGGCCCCUGCCGCAAGGGCAGCAUCGUGUCCUUCAGCGUGGGCUUCCAGAUACUCCAGGAGGGCCUGUUUGAGCUGAGCCAGAACAUGAAGCUGAAGCUCCAGUUCUCGGCGCUGGACGCCGUGUGCAGCCCCAGCAGGGAGGGCCGGGGGCCGGGGGGCCCGGCGGCUCUGGGGGCCCCGGGGGUCCGGGGCGGCUCCCCCUCCAGCCCCCGUCACGUGCGAGAGCUGCUGGAGCGCAGGUCCCAGAGCUUCUCCCACGAGCAGCCCCCAGGACCCCGUUCACCAGGGCUGCCAGUGUGAUGGAGCGCGGCGCCGUGACCCCCCCGGUGGGCUCCCCCUCGGGACGGCCCUCCCCCCUCUACCUGCCCCCCGGCCGCCCCCCCCGCGCUGCCCGGCCUGGACAAGAUCGCCAAGCGGGAGUGCAAGGUGCUGGUGGUGCUGGCACCACAGGCUCUCUAGCGCUCUCUCUUCCUGUCUCUCUCUUCCUGUCCCUCUCUUUCUAACUCUCUCUCUUUCUGUCUCUCUCUUUCUGUCUCUCUUCCUUUCUGACACUCUUUUUGUCUCUCUCUCUUUUUGUCUCUCUAGCUCACUUUCCUUCUGUCUUUCUUUCUGUCUCUCUGUCUCUCUUUCUGUCUCUCUGUCUCUCUGUCUCUCUGUCUCUCUGUCUCUAUCUCUCUCUCUCUCUCUCUGUCUCUGUCUCUGUCUCUGUCUCUGUCUCUCUCUCUCUCUCUCUCUCUCUCUCAGUCAUGAGAUGUUGGUCAAACCACUGGAGAUUACAUGGUCACACACAGUAAUGGAAGACUAUUUAAGUCUAUGGUCACACUGGAGAAAUAUGUGUAAAGUCACAGACACUGGGGGAAUAUUCCAUAGUCACAGACACUGGAUUAAUCUAAACUAUGGUCACAGACACUGGAGGAAUAUGUGUAAAGUCACAGACACUGGGGGAACAUUUCAAAGUCUCAGAUAAUGGAGAAAACUCAUGUAACCCGAGACUAUUUAAGACUAUGGUCACAGACAUUGGAGAAAUAUGUGUAUUUUCUCAGAAACUAGAGAAAUAUCUGUCUUUAUAAACAGACACUGGAGAAAUAAGUGUCUAUAUUAACAGACACUGGAGAAAUAUGUGUCUAUUUUCACAGACGCUGGGGAAAUAUGUCUUUAUUCACAGACACUGGUGGAAUAUUUCAUAGUCACAGACACUGGAUUAAACUCAAGACUAUUCAAGACUUUAGUCUCCGACACUGGAGAAACAUGGAACGGACAUAUGAAAAUAAUAACACAUGCAAAGAUUCAAGAUUCAACACGCUGUAAGCCAAUUCGCCUUCUGUUCUAACUCUCAACCUCCCCCGCCGAGAGAGCGAGAGUUAAGAAAGCACGAGGGAGAUGAGCCAAAAGGAGCGACAGACCUGAGGCGUUCUGCUAUAUAAAAACACAAGAAAGGCCUAAUGUGAUGAUGAGGAGAUGGUGAUGGUGAUGGUGGGGGGGGGGGGGGGGGGGGGGGGGGGGGUGUCGGUGUCAGUGAUGAGGGAAGGGGACUUACCCCGAAGGAUGUCUUGCUAGCUGAGUCACACAUUUUAUUAGCCUUUAUAGAAGCAAAUGGACACGUACACACACACACGCACACACACGCACACACAGGCACACACAGGCCCGCUCACGCACACAGACAUCAGUCAUGAAGUCAAUGACCUUUUAUUGGUUUUAUUAUGAGAGAUGGCUCCUCCUGUAAAAUGAUGAGUUAGGCAAAACAUUCCUACAUGCGCUGACGGAGAGGUGGAAAAAGGCUGAUCUCACUGGUUCAAGUUACAAGCUCAGUUGUGUGUGUGUGUGUGUGUGUGUGUGUGUGUGUGUGUGUGUGUGUGUGUGUGUGUGUGUGUGUGUGUGUGUGUGUGUGUGUGUGUGUGUGUGUGUGUGUGUGUGUGUGUGUGUGUGUGUGUGUGUGGUUUCUCGUUGCUGUGUUCAAUGCAUUUGCUUCUGUUUCUGUGAUUUCGAGGCCGAAAUUGAACUCAUGACUGCAUUUUCAAUGAUGUAUUUUGACUGUAUGUUAAUGUAUUAUUUUGCCUUAAUAAUGAUAGUUCUGUAAAAUGGCCACUGAGGUUCGAAUGUGGCGUUUAACUAAAUGUGAAUAUUUGAAUUGUAAAGGUAUGAUGUUAUACUUUGCAAAAUAGUGAAGAGGAUUAUGGUUCUUUACACUGUUCCCCAAUAAGACCUUAUAUGGUACGUGACCAUAUAUGACACAAGGAUGUUGCUUGGACCAAUGGAAAGGCACAUAGCUACUGUGAUGGUGACUGCUGGUCCUAAUGUUUACAAUCGCACCUUUUGUUCCAUGGUUGCUGAAGGUUUAGAUUGCAUUUCUUCAUUACAUUUCAGAGCUAUUUUCGGUUGUAAUAACUGCGUUUUAUUUUUAUACUAAUAGUCCUGAGUUGGGGCUUGCUCACAUUGUCAUACUAGUUGAAUAAACAAACGGUUGCUGUGAA